AACACACCCAAGAGAAGAGCGCUGUGCCAAUGAUGUUUCCGAAGUGUAAACAUGGCCUAUUAUUAAAUUUGAAAAAGCAGUUAUGUAAAUAUUGUAACGCAUAUGAUUUGUAUAUGUCAAAACAUACUUAUACGUUGAGAAGGCGGCAGGGCUGCCCUUAGCCUAUGUGCCUUCAAGGAAUUCCACCUUGAAGAUGGAGUGAGUAAGGAUCUGUGAAACAGCCACAAAAUGGCUUGCUUAACAUGGUGCCAUCACCUCAAAACAGGAAUAACAUCAGUUAACUAAAUUAAACUUCUUUGAAUCUGUGACAACAUGAGGAAUGAACAUGUAAACAGUAGGAUCUUGUUAAAGAUCGAAGAACUUGUGAAGCCACUGAACAAAUUACCAAAGACCUGGAAUGAUCAUAUAGCAAAGUACCUGGAUGAGUACAUGAAGUGUAUCGAGGAGCUCUCGAAAGAUGACAGUCUAGGUCUGACUGCUAUUAAUUUUGUUCAGGCAGGUCUAAUGGUUGAGCAGACCACCAAGGUGUAUGCUUUAAAUGUGGAUUACUUAUGGCAAUUCAUGAACGAAGUGUUGGAGGUGUUAAGAAUGAAUAAGUGCUCGAAGAACAGUAAAAGAAGGUCUGAAACAGCUGAGAAUUCUGAAAAUCAUGAAGAAGUUCCUAGGAGGAGGAAGAAACAAGCCAUUUUUGAAGACUUUGAAGAGAUUGUUCCUAAUGUCAUUGAUCCUGAUAUGAAAGCAGAAGGAAGAAAUGAACCCAUUAAACCACUGCCCAUCCAGUGGCAUAUUUUGACAAAAUCGGAUUGGAAGCGACGGAAAUGCAAUUAUAAAAUUUUUGAUGUGGAUGGGGAUACAGUGGUGCCAUCGGACUACAGUGUGAUGUUGCAGACUUCAAGACAAGGAAAGUUACAGACGAAUAUGCUCAAGGAAGUUAUCACUGACUACAGUCAGGCCGAUCCCACCUCAAGGGAGAAUUUAGACGAGCUGAUUCAUGUCCUGGAGCUGCUGAUACAUGAACUCGGGCACAGUACAGCAGGGUGUAGUGCAGAUGAAGAUGGUGAUGUUGAAUUUGCUGAAGAAACAGGGCUGACUCCUGAGUGUCUCCCCACAGCAGCAGCCCCAUCUGCACAUGCACCCACUGCACCAGCAGAACAUCCGACACUCUCAUCCUUGCCAGUAACUCCGCCCCCUUCUCCAGAACCAAUAGAAAGAUCAGCAUCUGAUGCUAAGACACAUGAAGGUAUCAAGAGAUCAAUGUCUGAUGCUGAGUCAGAAAAAGAAGUUUGUGCAGCCGGGCUGUCAGCAAGAAGACGAAGGGAGAAGGAACAUCUUGUGACAGUGCCAAGUGACCCAUGGGAGCCUGUUCCAUUUGAAGAGGGCAUGCAAGACAGACCUUUUAAGAGGAGGCAGACCUUCAAGCUUCCCAGUGACCUCAAGAUGCUGAAACCAGAUGAGAAAAAACGCAAGCCUGGCCACGAAGAGAAAGUGCAAUUGAUGGUGGAAUACCAUGGUACAAAAAUGCUAUGCACAUACGUGGAUCACUCCUGCUUCCCGUUGUAUCCCGACUUCAAGAAGUUUUGUCAUCGACUCAUGAAACAAAAGAAGUUGCUAAUGCGAGAUCAACCAAAACUCUGUAGUAUUUAUAAAGAUCAAGAAGAACUGUAUCGUCGCUUGUCAAGGGAGUGUGAUGAAGACUUCCUGGGUUUUGAAGAUUAUGAGCAUGAACUUGGGGAGGAAGAAGGGUUUCAUGGCUUUCCUGAUGAGGACGAAGAAGCAGAAGAGGAUGUGGACAGUGGGAAUGCUGCUGCAGACCCUGAAAGGAACAUUGUUGUCCCAUUGCCGAUGGCUGAAUCACCAGAGAACGAAGACGUUCCCUUUGAAGAUAAUGUGUUCAGUCAGACAGACAGCAUUGCAGAUACAAGCCAUGAGCAUAUGGAAGCUGACAUUGCCAGACGAGUGGCUGAAUGGGAACACUACAUUCGCCCCAAGUUGAAAGUUGCACGUGACAGAGGUCAUUUUGACAUUCAUGAGGUCGGAACAGGAAUACUGUGUUCAUUCCCUCAAAGCUCUGCAAAAGUCACAUUACAAUUUGAGCAGUUUGCUGCAAACAAACCAACAGUGGACGUCCCACGUUACUUUUUAGCCGCCCUUCAGCUUGCAAACACAUACAACAUUGAAAUCUCACAGUCAGCACCUGGAGACCUAACCAUGGACUGUAUGGAAAUGACGCUGCUCUCACCUGUAAGACACCACAAAGCCCUUGAAGACUAUGAGGCACCGUCACAGGGGGAUAAACGUAAACGCUUCGUCAGUGGAACUGGGGUUUGCGGCAGUGAUAGUGAUGGGAACAGUUCGCCCAGCAGAAGUAUAUGUAAACAUAAACGCAACAAGAGAUGAAAGCAGGACCGCACCUAACACAGUAUUUUACUCAGUGACAUUGAAGAGCUUUGGGUGUAUCAGUUCUUGAUUCAGUUAUACCGUGAAAAUUAUAGACUCUCAUUCAAUAAUCAUCAUGAAAUUUCAUACAAAUAGUACUGAGCCAAAUGACCUGUCAUGGGUAGUACCAACAUGGUGGUCAUGCACAUCCCUGAGGUGGUAAUAACAAUGGCCCUGUUUAAUGUAUGGAUAUUUAGAAAGGUAUGCAACAGUCUAUUAUGGUAAUAUCAAGGAAUGCUGAAAGUAAGAACACUGUGACACCAUAAAAUAUUUUGGUGUGAUGAACCCAAUAGCGACCUUCAGAACCCUGAGUGUCUUCCUCACUGCUGUUGUAAUGGUCUGAAGUGAGUUGGUAGAUGUUUUAGGAAACUGGGAAGGGUAUGAGAUAUGAGGUUUUUACAGUGGUAGUUAUAGGACUGUGAUCUUGUGGGACAUGCUGCUGUGUGCUCUGGUAGAUGGUUACCAAGAGGAACAUACCACUUCCAUCUUCACAGGGUGGUUCCUCGGGAAUGUUUGUAACCGUAUACCAGGCUGCAAUAUAUAUGGCCAUUUAGGGCCGAAACAUAUAGUGUAGAGG